AUGACUGGCGACAUGGAGCCCGCGGAGGCACUCACGGGCGCGGUCGCGGGGAAGCUGUGCCUCGUGGGGUUCAUGGUCUGCUCGAACUGGGCCGUCCUUGCGAUCCUUACCUCGGUGGUGAGCGAUAACAUGAUCACGUCUUCGAGAGACAUCGCGGAGAAGGAGCUGCGGCAGUGCAAGGAAGCCGAGGUCGAGCUGAGCAGGGAAAAGUUGGCUGAGCUUUUCGGGAAGAUAGACGCUGACGGCAAUGGGAGCAUCGACGAGAUCGAGUGGGAGAAAAGAGUGAUGGGGGACGGCCAGAUGGUCGACGCCUUGUGCGCUGCUGUUUCUUCGCUCGGGAGGGAGGAGCUGAAGGAUGCCUUCAAUGCUGUGCAGUCGGCGUCGCGCGGCGAGACGGCGGAGCAGACGCGGAGGCAGAUCACUCUCGAAGACUUCGUGCAGUACCUAGUAAAAGAUUGCCGAGUCAAAGCCGACAAGCGUUCAAUCCUGAAGAUCCGUCAGCAGCUGGUGAGCAUGGAACACGGGAGCUCGGAGACCAGAAAGUUGCUAGACGGUAUGUGCAGCCAACUUGCUGACUUGAACAGUAGUUUGCAGUCCUGCCAUGCCGCCGAGACGAGUGUUGUUUAA